GCGUGGGACAGACGGCUUAUCUAGGCCCACCUGCCGGCCUCCCGCAAUUCCUCGCCUCUCUUCGAAGCCCCGUCCCGGAAGGCUCGAACAGCACAGAGCAUGGCUUGGAUGUCAUGGCCGUGUUGCAAGCCCAGGGUGUUACCGACAUCCAGGCCUACGCCCAAGCCUGCCGGGAAGGCGUGGCCGACCCUGUGGCGGCGGCUCGGAAACCGUUGGAGGCUCCACAUGAUACGGUUGAUCCAAAGUCUUCCAAGGAAAUGUCUGCCUGUGGACGGGUGGGGAAUGAGGAAGAGACAAAGGGCAAGGAAUUUGCAAACGGAUGGUUCCGGGAGCUGUGGGUGCUGACGAGGAGGGCCACAACCAACAUCAUGCGCACUCCUGCACUGUACCUGCUGAGGCUGGCGCUCAUCCUUAUCGCGGGUCUGCUUCUAUCGAUUCUGUUCUGGAGGCCAGCGGAAACGCCCGAGGGACUUGUGAUUCGGCUGUCCUUCCUGUCAUGCGCCAGCGGCAUUGUAUUCUACUCCUCGUGCGACGCUGUCCCAAUAUUCAUCGAG